UCUCCCUCCUCCGUUGGGAGAGAUCCGUCCAGCCGGAGGAGCUGAGGGAGAGAAAAACGCACAUUCGCGCAACUAACGCCGCCUGUCCGCUUAACAAACCCGGCUAGCCGUAUUCCGCGAGGGCCAUAACGUUAUGUCGAACCCGUAACGUAUUAAACCCAAAAGGAAAAAAAAAAACAUGCGGUUGCGACGGAGACAGAAACGGACUGUGAGUAGCGCCGAGUUACUAGGAGACAUUUCAUUAGCUUGUUAGCUAACGAGGCGGCUAGCUUAGCUCAAAGAAGCGGCGGUGGUGAACUUCGAAGCUAGGGAACGAUUGUAAUUAAAGUCAGGCUACCUCAUAAUUAGUGCUUUUUAUUUUCCUUACCAAUGGGAUUUUGGCAUCGCAACUCAGAAAGCGUGUCUCCGGCUGAAGGUUGAGGUGGCGAAGCGCUUGUGUGGCUGUUUUGUUUACGGCUCUCUCUCUCACGGUAACAGUGCUGAGCAGCGCUCCUUAAUCACUCCGUGUCUGCUCUGCUUUGUGAAUGCAGGCCAUGGACUGAAAAGCCUCCACCAGCCAAAAAGAUAGCUAGCGUGCUGGCUAGCUCGCUGUCUGUUAAUACAAAGUCGGAUUCAGACCUAUACAUUUUACCUCGGGACUCCCAAGUCAGUUGAAAGAGGAAAACGGGACUGGAUCGUGCAAAAACCUGUGCUUCGGAUCAUGUUUUGGAUGGUCGAGUCUGUCACAAAUUGGAUGAGAGACUGAGUGAAGAUCACAACCGGAUUAUUUCAUUCCGUUUGAGUCGUCAAAUUUAGGACAUUAGCUGAGAGAACUGAUUGAAAAUAGAGGGCUACGAUGUCUGCUGCAAAAGAAAACCCUUGCAGGAAGUUCCAAGCGAACAUUUUCAACAAAAGCAAGUGUCAGAACUGCUUUAAACCUCGGGAGCUGCAUCUUUUGACCGACCAAGACCUUAAUCAGGCCAAACCUAUCUAUGGAGGGUGGCUAUGCUUGGCACCAGAGGGAACGGAUUUUGACAAUCCAAUGCAUAGAUCUCGGAAAUGGCAGCGGAGGUUCUUUGUCCUCUAUGAACAUGGCUGCUUGCGCUUCGCUCUGGAUGAAUCGCCAAGCACAUUACCACAAGGAACUGUCAACAUGAACCUGUGCACAGAUGUGAUUGAUGCUGAACCUAAAACCGGCCAGAAGAAUGCAUUGUGUAUCAUUACGCCUGAUCAGGAGUACUACAUACGGGGAGAUAACAAAGAAAUUAUCAAUGGGUGGAGUGAACAGCUAGUAGUUUAUCCGAGGACCAACAAGCAGAAUCAAAAGAAGAAGCGCAAGGUGGAGCCAACAACUUCUCAGGAGCCUGGUCCAGCUAAGGUAGCUGUGACUGGUUCAGGCAUCCCAGAGGCAGAGAAGGUUCCAGACUCUAGCUCUAUCAUAUGGCAGGAGGAGCUGCACAACAGAGAAGCGGAUGUGUCACAGGUGUGGUCCUCCUCAGAAAUAGUGCCACAAGGAUCACAAUUGCCCACUGCAGCUGAGGAAGCAUCAGUGAGCCGAGGUUCAGACCAGGGCUCGGUGAAUGGAGACGAGGUGGACCGGAGCGGGUUCUCCUUUCCACCGUCUAUCUCCCAGCCACCCCAAGACCUCUUGUCCCCCACAGGCAGCUCAUCCAGCCGCCACAGUGCGGAGUUCGGAGGGAUCCCUCGCUGCCUCUCCCCCGCGCCCAGUGACCCCUUCCCCUCAGGCAGCAGCCUGCUGUCCAAUGGCUCACACAUCAGCGGCUCUAUGAGCUCCCUGGACUCAGAUGCCAGUGGUAGUACUGUUACCAGCACCGAAAGCCACCCAACAGAGCCCCUGGGCCGUGCGCUCCGGGGCCUCCAUGACCCCCCUUACUCACGCCGGCUCGAAGGGGAGGCUCGCAAGGCUGAGAAACGCAGCCGCCUCCGGAGCCCCGAGAGGCAGAGCAGAGAGCCUCUCUUCAGCCCAGAGAGGAGUGGCCGUUCAAAUGUGAUUGAAAAGCUAGAGGCCCUGGAGUUGGAGAACUCGGAGAGGAUGGAGGUGGAGGAGACGGGCCGCAGUGAGACCCGACAGGGCCGCAGCGAAAUGAGACGCUUCCACAGACAGGAGCAGAAGCUUGACCCAGCACAAAGUAUGGACUUCCACCAUACCACCCUGCCACCACUCAGAAGAGCUAAGUCACUGGACCGCAGGACAACAGAGUCUGUCAUGACACCGGAUUUGCUGAACUUCAAGAAAGGUUGGAUGGUGAAACUUGAUGAACAAGGGCAGUGGAAGAAGUAUUGGUUUGUACUGACAGACCACAGUCUGCGAUAUUACAAGGAUUCAAUUGCCGAAGAGGCAUCUGAUCUCGAUGGAGAAAUUGACCUCAGUACAUGCUAUAACGUAACGGAAUAUCAAGCCCAGCGAAACUAUGGCUUCCAAAUUCAUACCCAGGAAGGAGUGCACACCCUCUCUGCCAUGACAGCAGGAAUACGACGUAACUGGAUUCAGGCUGUCAUGAAAAAUGUUCGACCCUCCACUGCCCCAGAUGUUGCUAGCCUGACGGAUGACCAUGUUUCUUGUGGUCCUUUUGAGAGUCUUGCUCGGCCCGACAUCACUCAGGACUCCCCAUCCUCGGAGACCUCCUCGGUGGAGCGGGAGCCCAAGAAAAGUCGUGCACGAGAUAGACGGCGUGAAGGUCGCUCCAAAACAUUUGACUGGGCUGAGUUUCGCCCCAUAGCCCAGGCCCUGGCCCAGCAACGAAUUCAUGAGGCCGACGCUCUUCAGGCUCAGCUAGCCGACCCUGAACGCAGUAAGAGGAGGGAGGAGAGACGGAGACGGUAUGAGAGUGUGACUGGGAGCUCAUCUCUUGAUCCUGCUGCUGACAAUAGCAAGAUGGACUUGGAUAGUGUAAGUGUGGGUCUGGGGACUGUGUCUCCACCAUCCCCGGACCGCCAACAAAAAGUGGAGGAUGAGAUUGAGCAGCGCUGGCAGCAGGUGGAGAAGACUCCCAUCAGGGAAGAGAGGAGGGUGCCCCUGUCCACAUCACUGCAGACCAGAGAGACAGCUGAACUUGAAAAGCUACUAGAAAGCUACAAAAAGGGGGUAGAAGACUUGAAAGCAGAAUUAGAGACUUGUUAUCAUCAUCUAGCAGAUUCAAACCAACACAAGUUGGAUUUAGAGGACCAGCUCAAAGCUGCUCUAGAUCGAGAGCAGCAGAUCCGCGCUGGGUACAUCUCACCGCUGGAGUCACCUUUGAGUCUUGACACAAAGCCCCAGAUGAAGAGGCCAGAACUGGUUAGUUCCCAAGCUCAGAGCUUAACAAAGAAGUACCAGGAAACCAAAGAGCUUCUACAGCUGCAAGAACUGAAAAAGCGCAACAUGCAGGCACAGCUUGGCCUUUCUCUUUCACACCUGUCCACCAAGGAACCUUACUUUUCUGACACCAAAAACACAUCCACCUCAGAGAUUCUUCCCUCUGAACCUAUUGUAAAAACAGUCAUUUUUGAACUUGUGGAUAAUGAGGGCAAGAUCAGAGAGCUUGAGGACUUGAUAGAUAGUGGUAAGCCGUUGUCAGUUAAGGAGAUGAUCGAGUUGCUGCACUCUCACAGUGAUUCAGUGCUGUCUGAUUUCCCCAUAGAAAAAAGUGAAGAUGGUAGAUCUGGUGAUAUAACAAACUGUCAGAAACUUUUGGAAAGUCUUAAAACCCAACAGGAAAUCGAGAACGAGACAAUGAGAAAGAGUUUGGCCAAGGCUGGGGACAGCAUUCGUAAUUACGAGGCUCGUCUGAUCACCAUGGAGGACAUGUUAGGGAGGGUCCAGAGACAGAAAAUGGAAGAUCUCAAAAAUCCCUGUACAUCUCCUUGUCAACGAGACGAGUCUAGCCAAAUGACAAACCGAGGUCUGGCCCAGAAGGUUGAGCUACUAACAAGUGAAAAUGAAGCACUGAACCAACGCUACCAGGAAAUUGUCAACCAGCUAAGAGAGGCAGACAGGGAAAUAGACAGACUGAAAGCAGAGCUUCAAAGACACCAAAGUGGGCACCAGUAUCAGCUAGAUAGAGAAAACCAGUCCAUGAUGGAUCAAGAAGACAAAGAUGUUCUUGCUUUUAAGAAUUCCUAUGAACAAGAGCUCAACGACAAGUCUCAGAAGCUUCAGGAGGCUCUCGCUAAGUUGGAGGUGCUUGGUCACAGUUUAAAAGAUAUAGAAAAGAGGUUGCAACUCAAAGAAGCCACUCUGAAAGGUCUUGGAUUUCAGGCAUCUGAAAAUGGAGUUGAAUCACUUUUGGAGAAAGAGCAGCUCAGGCACCAUAUAGAGGUCAUUGAGUCCAAGCUUUCUGAAAAGGAAAAGUUGCUUCAAUCUGCUGAUCAGACCUGCAAGGAACUGCAAGCACAGAAUGAAGAACUUCAAACUGAAAAACAAGAAUCUGAAAGAAAUUUUAACCAAGUACUUUUAGAGGCUAAAGAGGAGAUUCGAAUGUUGCGAGAGAAAGGGGAGUCGGAUAAUGAAUGUGGAGUUGAUAGCGAUUGCCAAGCAAUAAUGCAGAGUGAUGAAGGUAUGAUUCAGGAAGUGAUGGAAAGUUUCAAGAGGAGGUCUAAUGCUCUUAACCAGGUGUUAAGCAUGCUGAUGAAGGCCAGUGAAAGUAAAACAUAUGAUCUGUCCAGUUUUGGCAUUGAAGAAGAAACUGUGGGAAGGAAUGAUAGAGGAAUGGUAAAGGUGUUGUUUGAAAGUGAGAUUUUAAGUAGAGUAUUAGAUGGUGUUGAGAAUAGUCAGCAUGGUGAAGGAUGUGAACGAACACUGACUGUUAUGAAAAAUGUUGUAAAGCACAUGCUAAUGGAAAAUAGAGUCCUUGUUUCUGUGAUGAAGCUGUCUGCAGAACAAAAGGAUAUCCAGACACCAGUAAAUAUGCAAAGCACUGAAUAUGGAAGCAUGCUAACUGGUGAAGGUAUAGUGGUAAAUGAUGCACUUAGUGGUGUCAUCAUGAAAGAGCUUACUGAAGCAGUACAAAAUAAAGCGACCCUGCUGAAUCAGAUUGUUUCGGUCAUUAAUGAGCCUGUGAAUGAACUGCUCCAGUCCUUGGCUUUAACUCUCUCUAGCCAUGUGUCUCCACAAGGACAGUGCUUUCUUGAAGCCGUAUUAGAUGUAACUCACACAUACCUUCUAAUAGGGCAGAGAAUUCAGCUGGAGAAUGAGUUGGAGUCGAGCAAAGCUGUCUGUGCUAGUUGUCAGUUGAAAGAGCAAAACAUGGAACUGGAAUUAAAGCAAUCUGAGGAAUUAUCAACCCUCCAGAAUUCUGUAAAUGAGGACUCCAAACUGGUGACUCACAUCCAGAUUGAGGGAGAACCGAUUGAUUCUCUGGAUAAGGCUAUCCAGUUGCAAGACAUGGUAGCCAAACAUAAGAAGGAGCUUCGAGAGUUGAGGGAGGUCUAUGAGCAAGAAGCAUCCAAGUUGCGACAAGAAGUAACCAAAGCUGGAGAAACACUAAGAUUAAGGUCUGAGGAGAACGUUAAAGAGAUAGACUCUUUGACCAUCUGCAUGGAGAAUCUGAAGGACAAGCACCAAAUGGAAAGAAACAUUUUGUUGGAACGUUUUAACCAGGAGAUGGUAGAACUUAAUGAUGCUUUGGGCCUUCAUGGAGCUGACCUUGCAGAUGAUGGCAAGCCAAACCCAGCAUCCCUCAAGCAGCAGAUCCAAAAGUUGGUGUUGCAGGUGUCUGUAAUGACUGAAGAAAUGAAGAGUCAAGAUCGUGGAGGGGAGGCAGCAUUGCUUCGUCUGAAAUACGAGAAAGACCUGGAAAACCUAAAGGCCACAUGUGAGAGAGGCUUCGCUGCCAUGGAAGAGUCCCAUCAGAAAGUGAUCGACGAGCUGCAGAGGAAGCACCAGCGGGAACUGGAGAACCUGCAGGAGGAGAAGGAGAGACUGCUGGCAGAAGAGACAGCAGCCACCAUUGCUGCUAUUGAAGCAAUGAAGAAUGCGCAUCGUUCUGAGCUGGAGAAAGAAUUGGACAAAGCACGAAAAGCAAAUAGCAAUACUGAAAAUGCAGAUAUUGAGGAGAUUCGCAGGCAGCAUGAGGAGGAGCUGCUGUCAUUCCAGAGGGAGAUUGAGGUGCUGUCUGAGCAGUACUCACAGAAGUGUCUGGAAAAUGCUCACCUGGCACAGGCACUGGAAGCAGAGAGACAGGCCCUGCGCCAGUGCCAGCGAGAGAAUCAGGAGCUUAAUGCACACAACCAGGAGCUGAAUAAUCGUCUGGCUGCUGAGAUAACUAAAAUGAGAUCAAUGACCAGUGAGGAGGGGGGAGAAGCUGGAACUGCCAUUCAGGGGAAGGAGCUGUAUGAACUAGAGGUAAUGCUGAGAGUGAAGGAGUCAGAGGUGCAGUAUCUGAAGCAGGAGAUCAACUCAUUAAAAGACGAACUCCAAGCUGCCCAAAGAGAUAAGAAGUAUGCAACAGAUAAGUAUAAGGACAUCUACACAGAGCUGAGCAUUGUGAAGGCCAAAGCAGAGCGGGACCUGGGGCGGCUGCGAGAUCAACUGCAACUGGCCCAUGAGGCCCUGGGAGAGCCAACGCUGGAGGAGGUGCAGCGGGGAGGUUACGAUAUCAUGAAAUCAAAGAGCAACCCAGACAUACUGAAAAUGGCGGCGGCAGCUGCAAAACGCUCUGAGCGUGCUAUGAGGUCAAAGUCUGUGAGUCGUGACAUGCCCUGGGACAGCUAAAGACUUAAAGAGUCUCAGAGAAGGCUUGACAGCUGAGCAAAGACUCCACUUGUUUGACAACAAGGACACAAAGGAGUUCUGACAUUUAUGUGUCUCCUUGAUUCGCUGCAUGUUAUAAAGAGGCCCACAAUAUUUUAGUCCAGCAAUGUAAUCACUUAGAAACACACUGGUCACUGCACACGGCAUAUAUUAAACAUGGUAUGAAGUUUUGAAUUUUAUGUCUGUAGUCUGCAUUCUGUGCACUUCAGUUACUGUGAUAUUUUUUUUACCAUGUCUUAAUGUAAAUAUUUUGUUUUUAAUGAAGCAUCUAUAAUGCGUACACUAAAACUGACCGUGUAAGCUACUGUUUUAACUCUUUAGUAUGUGUGAAUAGCCAAAGGAUAAAUAAAUAUGUAAUGACUCCGAUUAUACUUACUUAAUAAAGAGUAGAAACAAUCAUACCUGCAGACUUCCUUAUUAUGCUAGAUGUGGUAUUCACACUCCCUCCAGCUUAUUAUUAUUAUUAUUAUUAUUAUUAUUAUUAUUAUUAUAAACCAAUUGGACAGAUGGCAAAUUUGACUCAGUUUAAUAACCAGGAGUGUACUUGUACAUGGUGAUUACUGAAUGUUUAAGUAUAGGACCAUUUUGAGACGAUGACCAGUUAAAGCAUUGGAGUUUGUAUCUGGAGGGUUUUGCUAGUGUUAAAUUAUAUAUACAAAUUUAUAUAGGGUUUCCUUUAUGUAAUCAUUAUGGUCAGGCCACUGAUUGGGAGGUCAAGGUUGUUUAGUUUUUUCAUUUGUUGUGUUUUUUUUUUUUUUUUUCUUUUUUUUUUUUUUUUUCUUUGUCUCUUUAAGCUGAUAAUGUCUGUAGUGUUGUUCAAUGGCAGUUCCUUGUAUUUAUUUAAAUGUCUUUUUUGGCUAACAACUGCAUUCCUCUAUUCAUUGUUAUUGUAAAUAUACCACAAAUGUACACCAACUGACAACAGGUUUAUUAGCAAUAAAUAUUUUUGCACCCUGUA